GAAAUUGUUGGUACAAUUUCUCGUAGGUUGUCUUCACUAUUUACAAACGUCAAUAAAGACCUCAUUGGAAUAGAGACACGCUUACAGGAUCUGAAAUCAAAGUUGAAAAUGGAGUCAGGUGGGGUACGCAUUAUUGGAAUAUGGGGAGUUGGGGGUGGUGGUAAGACUACUCUCGCAUCUGCUGCUUAUGCGGAAAUCUCUCACCGAUUUGAAGCUCACUGCCUUCUUGAAAAUAUUCGUGAGGAGUCAAACAAGCAUGGUUUGACAAAGUUGCAAGAAAAAUUUCUCUCACUUGUUUUGAAAACAAAAGACGUGGUAGGGAGUGAGAUAGAAGGAAGAAGCAUGAUAGAAAGAGGGUUACGUAAUAAAAGUGUUUUAGUUGUUCUUGACGAUGUUGAUGACCUCAAGCAACUAGAGGCAUUAGCCAGAUCGCAUGCUUGGUUUGGUGAGGGGAGCAGGGUAAUAAUCACAACCAGGGAUGAGCAUUUGCUAACCCGCCAUGCAGAUGAAGUAUAUGAAGUGAGUUUGUUAUCAAGUGACGAGGCUAUGGAGCUCUUCAACAAACAUGCAUAUCAUAAAGAUAAACCUAUAGAAGAUUACGAGAUGCUUUCAAAAGAGGUAGUUUCUUAUGCUAGUGGGCUUCCAUUAGCACUUGAAAUUCUAGGUUCUUUUCUAUAUGACAAAAACAAGGAUGAGUGGAAGAGUGCAUUGGCCAAGUUAAAAUGCAUCCCAAAUGUUACAGUCACCGAAAGACUCAAAAUAAGUUAUGAUGGACUUGAACCCGACCAUCAAAAAUUAUUCUUAGAUAUUGCUUGUUUUUGGAGGAGAAAAAUCAUGGAUGAGGCAAUGAUGGUGCUUGAUGCUUGUAAUUUACACCCUCGUAUAGGGGUGAAGGUGUUAAUUCAAAAGUCUCUCAUAAAAGUUGAUUCAGAUGGACUAUUUGACAUAAAAGUAUUUGAUAUGCAUGACUUGGUAGAAGAAAUGGCUCACUACAUUGUUAGAGGGGCACACCCUAAUAAUCCUGAAAAGUAUAGCAGGAUUUGGAAGAUGGAAGACAUAGCAUACCUCUGUGACAUGGGGGCAGAUGCAGUGCCAAUGGAAACUGAAGUAUUAGCUUUCCAAAGUACUAUUGGUCAUCCGGGUCUAUCUGAUGUUGUUGCAAGCAUGAAGAAACUUCGGUGGAUUCGUAUUCAUGGGUAUAUGACAUCUUCAUUCCCAUCAAAUUUUCAGCCAAGAGAGCUUGGUUAUCUACAGUUGAUAUUCAGCCGACAAAAAGAACUGUGGCAUGGGUAUAAGCAUCUACCAAAUUUGAAAAUUCUUGAUCUUACGAGAUCAUAUGGACUAAUCAGGACACCAGAUUUUGACGGCCUUCCAUGUCUUGAAAGAUUGAUUUUAGAGGAGUGUGAGAGUUUAGAAGAGAUUCAUCCAUCAAUUGGAUAUCACAAAAGGCUUGUUUUCGUGAACAUGAGAUGGUGUAGAGCACUUAAAAGGUUUCCACCCAUCAUACACAUGAAAACAUUGGAGACUCUUGAUCUCAGUCGUUGCAAACAACUUCAACAGUUUCCGGAUAUCCAGUCGAACAUGAGUCUACCAAAUUUAAAAAUUCUUGAUCUUCGAAGCUCUCUUAACCUAAUCAAGACACCAGAUUUUGAAGGCCUUCCAUGUCUUGAAAGAUUGAUUUUAGUGGGUUGUAAGAGUUUAGAAGAGAUUCAUCCAUCAAUUGGAUAUCACAAGAGGCUUGUUUGCGUGGAUAUGAGCAGCUGUUCAGGACUUAAAAGCUUUCCACCCAUCAUACAGAUGCAAAUGUUGGAGACUCUUGAUCUCUCUUAUUGCAGUAAACUUCAACAGUUUCCGGAUAUCCAGUCGAACAUGGAUAGCUUGGUAACCCUUGAUUUGCGUCAUACUGGUAUAGAAAUAAUCCCACCGUCAGUUGGACAACUCCCAGGUCUCAAGUAUCUCAAUCUAUCAGGCUGCAAGAACCUUGUAGAAUUGCCAGACCUCCCAUCAAGCAUAGCUAUUCUCAAAGCAGAAGGUUGUGAAUCACUUGAAAGUGUAGGAGAUUUAUCAUACUAUAAAUGGCUGUGGAAAGUCUCACUUUGGGGUUGCUAUAUGUUGAUUGGUGGUGAGAGGGUACUACAUUCUAUGCUUGAGGGAAAUGCAGCUAAAGAUCGCUUUAUGAAUCUCUUACUUCCCGCGGUAGAACCAUCGCCACGUAUUUUUACGAGAUUAGUUACAUUGCAUCUUCCAAGCAACUGGUACAGUGACUUUAGUGGACUUUUAUUAUUCUUACGUGCUGCUACUGCUGAUGAUGAGUAUCGGUUUAGUCAUUACAUAGAUAUUAAGCAGGUGUCCACAUUUGAUUACUCUGAAGAGUCGGAUGAAGAUCAGGAACAAUCAUUCAAGGUGAAGGUGGCUGGCUUUGACUUCGAAAUCACUUAUCGCCCCGGUCAUCACAACGCUGCAGCUGAUGCUUUAUCUCACAUGUCUCAUGCAGCCUUCUUUGCUCACUCUCGUGUUGAACCGUCCUUAAUUGCUACACUCCGGGUGGCUAAUUCUGAUGAUCCGUAUCUCAAGUCCAUUCAAAUGAAGUGCACCUCUGCACCACAGCUGGUCAUAAUUCUGUGA